AUGGGUCGUAUGAAGAUAGAGAAAGGCAAGAGGAAGAAAAGCAAAAAGCCGAAAGAUGUUAACAAACCAAAAAGGGCAACAUCAGCUUAUUUCUUCUACAUGGCCUCUUGCCGUGAUCAGGCAAAAAAAGCUGGUAAAAAUGUUUCAAAGGUAGCAGAGUUCACUAAAGAAUGCUCUGAAAAAUGGAAGAAUUUGAGUUCUUCACAAAGGAAGCCUUUUGAUGAAAAGGCUGCUAAAGAUAAAGCCAGAUACGAGAAGGAGAUGGCAGAGUACAAGGGAAAAUCCUCGGGAGAUCCAGACAAACCAAAAAGACCACCAACAUCUUAUUUCUUGUUUUUGGCAGACUUCAGGAAAAACUAUGUUCCCAAAGACAAGUCUGAACAAAAUUCUGCUCACAAAAUAAUUCUGAAAGAAGCUGGUGAAAAAUGGCGUGAUAUGACACUGGAAGAGAAGAAGCAUUAUGUGAAAAGAAGUGAGGAGGAAGUAAAAAAAUAUAAAGCUGCAAUAGCUGAUUAUAAAAAGAAAUCAAGUGGUGCUGUAACGGAGUGGAUAGACAAAUUUCUCUCUCUCUCAUUUCUUACCUCCUCUUUUUUUUUUUUUUUUUUUUUUUUUUCUUUUCUUUGA